UUGGCUAUCCAGCUGAAAAGAGCCAGGAGCCAGAUGAAUUCAUGUGUGUUUUUUCAGGAUUCCUGCUUUUUUUUUCCCCCUUGGAUUUUAGUGUCUCCUGCUGGAUCGAAGAGCAUUUCCCUGGGAGAGGAGGCCGGGAAGAGCGAGCUGAUGAACGAGGACAUCCGGAUCCAUUCCUGGCCUUGCUCCUACUACCUGGACACCAGCAAACAAUGGAUCCCUGGGAAGCUCUCCCUGACUCCCGUUUCCAUCAAAUUCACGGCUGACAAAACGGGAGAGCUCCUGGUGGAUUUCCACCUUUCCGGGAUCAGCGAGAUCAAGAAGGAAUCUUCCCAUUUAAUCUUCAGCUCCCUCACCAUCCUGGAGAAGAGCACCAAGCACUGGUUCAGCUCCCUGCAUCCCAACAGGAAUGUGGUGUUCAACAUCCUGGAGCAUUUCUGGAGGGAGCAGCUGCUGUCCAGCCGGGAGGCCGGAGCGGGAGCGGCUCUGGAAUCCAGCAAGGGCAAGGAGUUGACGGGAAUGUUGGAGGGAUCCCAGAAACGCCUGGAGGACACGGCCAAGGUGCUGCAUUCCCAGGGGGAACAGUUCGACAACAUCAUGAGGGGACUCCACAAGAUCGAGGGGGACAUGGAUGUGGCCGACAGGCUGUUGACAGAGCUGGAAUCUCCUUCCUGGUGGCCCUUCAGCACCAAACUCUGGAAAACCCCUCUGGAAGCGAAGCCCAAGGAAAGCCCCGCAGCUCCCGAUCCCGAAACGCAGGAAGGAAUCCUGCUGCGAAUUCCCGUGAUUAUCACCCACAGGACGGACUCCAGCGCCAAACCGGGCAAGCUCACGCUGCUUCCCUCCGGCCUGGAAAUCGAGGAUUGCAAUUCCCAGCUGCUGCACCGCUUCGAAUCCCGGGAUGUGGACGAUAUCCGUGUGCACACUCCCUACGAGAUCAGCGUCCGGCAGAGGUUCAUCGGCAAGCCCGACACUUCCUACCGGCUCCUGGCGGCGCGGAUGCCCGAGGCCAUUCCCAUCCUGGAGAUGCAGUUCAGCAAGAAGAUCCAGUUUUUGGAGGAUGCUCUGGGAUUUGCCGGAGGAGCCGGGAAGUCUCCUCGGGCGGAUUUGGGCGCGUCCAUCUGGCAGGCAGCCACGGGAUUCCUGGGUGCCGCGGUGAAUCCCGGAUUGCCGGCGGGCAGCGCCGAAGGGACGGACAAGGAGCAGGUGCAGCUGCAGAAAAUAUCCCAGGAGGAAGCCAAGGAGCUCCGACAGAUCCUGAAGAAGCUGAAGGGGCUGGCGCUGGAGACGGAGGCGGAGCUGGAAAGGCAGGACGAGGCCCUGGAUUCCAUCAGCAGCUCCGUGGAUCGUGCCACGCUCACCAUCGACCGGCAGAACCGCAGGAUGAGGAAGCUGACCUAAGCUCCCGGCGGGAAUGGGAACGCCGGCACGGGCAGGAGGGUGGGGGAGCCGGGAAUUUCAGGACUGGUUUUUCCAGAGACACCUCGGGAGGGGUUUGGGAUGAGGUUUGGAAAAUGGCGCUGCUGGAGGUGAGUUCCUGAGAGGAUUGGACGGUUCCUGGACUUGGAUGAUGGUUGGAUCUUGGAUCGUGAUUGGAUCUUGGAGGAUGU